AUGCGCCUUCGUCCAACUUGUGUGCCAUUGAUGGCAAUGGUGCUGUUCUUUACUCUUGUUAAUGCCGUGGCACCCGUAGUCGAUGUAUCACACAGCAAAUACAGGGGCAAUGACCUUGGAAACGGUGUGACUCACUGGCUCGGAAUACGUUACGCUGCACCUCCUCUGGGUGAUCUCAGAUUCAUGCCUCCCCAAGACCCAGUCAGGAAUCGUCAGACAAAGAACGCAAACAAGUUCAGGCUCAAAUGCGUUUCCCAGAGCGCAAAAGCUCGAUUCAUUGGAAAGUCACAGUCUGAAGAUUGCCUGUUCCUCAAUGUGUUUGCGCCUUCAAACGCUUCCAGGCACGCCAAACUUCCCGUCUUCGUCUACAUUCAAGGCGGAGGCUUCAACGAUAAUUCUAGACCCAAGAUAGACGGAGCUGAUCUGAUCAGAGCUUCGGAUAUGAAAAUUGUCGUCGUCACUCUGAACUAUCGUGUAUCAGUUCUAGGCUUUUUCUCAUAUGGCGAUAAGGUGCAACCAAACAAUGGCCUCCUCGACCAAAGAAAGGCCCUGGAGUGGGUGCAGAAGUAUAUAUCAAGAUUUGGAGGCAACCCGCGACAUGUUGUUCUUGGAGUGGAACAAGCGUCGUAUCAAGCAGAAAGUUUCAUCGAAAAUGUCGGUUGCUCCUCCGAAGAUGCCAUUGCUUGCAUGCGAACCAAGACUAUCGCCGAAAUCAUAGCCGCCAAUAUCAAGGUCCCAUACCCUUGA